AUGGCCACACCUCCUCCGACACAGAAGCGCGACAACAGCCCUCGCACCUCUCCGGCCUGGUCAUCCUCACGAGGCCCGGAAGACCGUCCCCAGGAGAAGUCGACCUCCACAGCCAAGCCGGCCCCGGAGGCGCCUGUUCUCAGCUCGCCGACCGAGGUCCCACAGGCUCCAGAGCUCCCUGCUUCUUCUUCUGCUGCCAUCAACUCGCAGAUCUUGGCAACAACGCUGCCUCCUCCUUCUAUCACACCGCUAGCUCGUCAUCCUUUUGCUUCACCCGACGCUCUGGAGAAGGCUCUUUCUGCGCUAACCCGGCUCCGGGAUGACCUUGAAGGCGCUGACCGUCGCUUGGUGGCGGGGCGCCUGGAGCUGAUCUCAGGUUGGCUGCACUCCGACGCGUCUGUCAGGGCUGCGUUGGGCCAGGCCGUGGCAGCUUCCGAGGAGGACAAGCGGGCCGCCGACCAAGCCGCAGCCGCCUGCGAGGUGGCGCUGAAGGAUGCUGAGGCCGCCAAGGAGCACUGCAGGGCGGCGGAGCUCGAGGUGCGGGACGAGAAGGUGAAGGCUCAAGAAGAGGCGGUGAGCGGUCGUGAUGCUGAGCUGGAGCAGCUAGCGCAGGCGCAGGCCGCGGAACGCGACCGCCUGAAGAAGCUGGAGAAGGAGGUGGAAGUGGAGAGGGUCCAACUAGAAAUCAAGGCAAAGGUUCUUGCCGAGGAUCGCGAGGCCUUCAAGUCCCUUGAAGAGAGAUCCCGCGAGAUGCUGCGAGAACUCAACGAGAAGGGCUUGGAUAAGCCUUUGGUGACUGAUGACGACGGCCCCGCCCAGCUACUUCCUCAGCUCGUCACGACGCUCGAGGAUGUCGUCAACGAAAUCGGCCCCAUGGUGGAGGGGGAAGCGCGCGCUCUUUCCUCAUCGACCUUGACGCGCGUCCUCAUCCAUCUUCACCUUCGCGAUCCCAAUGCCGACCUUGGUAUCCUGCUCGAGCCUAUGGAUGAGGAGCGCUGUGCAGCUGCUGCCAAGGCCGUGAAGGGCCAAGUGGAGGCCUUGCUAAAGAAGUUCCUUGCUAUCGACCCUGCACCUCCAGCCGAUGGUGCCGCCGAUCCCGCGACCAAGGCCAACGACACGACCGACGGCGACGCUGCCGACAGGAAGGCGCUCCCUGAUGACGGUGCCCAAGGCUGA